CUUUCAACAGAAGCUAAAGUAACAAGAAAAAAGGCAUCAUGUUGGUGUGAUUGCAAUCAGAGGAACCUUCAGUGACUGCCUCGCUGCACACACUGAGCAGUUUAGUAGUUUCUAAGAGGAGGGAGGGCCUGUGUGAAGAAUCUCUGUUUGUAGUCGUCCACACGGAGGAGGAAUCAGUCUCACCAGAUGUGUAGCAGAUCAGAAGGAGGCUCGCCGGCUCAUCCCAUCCCUGCCAUGUGAUUUUCAUUACAGCAAGUUGGGGAAGAGUUCAAGCGUGACGGGCUUUAAGUGUGACAAGUGAAUUACAUGAAGAAGCAGGGAAAAGGCGACACUGCCAGCAUCCCCCUCUCUUCCCCAACAGGGAGCAGCAGUGUGCAGCUGUACCAUGACUACCAGAAGGUGGGCUUCAAGAUGUAUCCUGGGAAUGGUCACACGACAGAAAAUGGUUCUCACACCAGGAGAGACCAGGUCACUGGUCGACAUGGUACUGGCAAGAUGUCUUCUGUUCCAGACAUCAUCUCCAACAACCGGGAAAAAAAGUACAGCAUGAAAGACGAGGCUGCUCUUAGGAAUUCCUCGUGGAUGAUGGAUUCGAGCAGCCAAGCAUAUUCAGGGCCCGAGGACAACUCCACAGACCCACAUGAGACCCUGACAGAGACGUCAACUCUGACCUUUGUGGAUGCCCACACCAUGGAUGAAUCAGUGGAGAACCACAGUCUGGAUGGGGUGGGGAUGAUUUACCUUAAGGAGUUUGUGCUGAUUGAUGAUGAUGAUGAUGGGGACAUGUCACUAAGAGAGAAAACUGUAACAGACUUGUCUGUCAUGGAUGGAAAAGCAGCUGACUUGGUGUGUGGGAGGCUGUUGUCCACCUCCAGUUGCUCAUUUUCCGAGUGUAAGGAGGAAUCUUCAGCUCCUGAAGCAGCUCCACCUGAGGAGGCUGAGACUGCACACGAAAAGAAGCGCUGCUGCUUCUGCACCCUUUUAUGACCCUGCAGGAAAGCUGGAGGUUUGAAAUCUGCUGCAGUUCGUGUGUUUAAGAUCUGUGAAGAUGUCCUGCAGACCUCUGUGUGCUAAACCCUAGGGUGAACUCACUGUUGGUAGAGGUGGAAGAAGCAACAUUUUCUGGCAUUAAUUUUAUAGAAUAUUAUAACCUAUGAACCAGCAAACAUAUGUCAAAAAA